UGGGCAGCCAGGUGCACUUCCGCUGGCCGCAGUUACCUGCCCGGGGCAGGCCGCGCAGUGACAGUCACAGGCUGGGAUGAUGGACCUGGCCUCACCCGCGCCCGGGUCCCCAAGGCCUGGCCUGCUGAGGGUAUCCACUGUUGUGGAGUUGAACGUGGGGGGUGAUGUCUACGUGACCACCGUGGGCACCCUGAAAAAAAUCCCGGGUACCAUAUUGGCCAAUAUGGUCUCCGGCUCGUCCAAGGUUUACACGGACCGGAAGGGUCGCUUCUUUAUCGAUCGCCCCGGCACCUACUUUGGGCCCAUCCUGGACUACCUGCGCAACGGACAGCUGCCCACAGCGCACAUUCCCGAGGUGUACCGCGAGGCUCAGUUCUACAACAUCAAUCCUCUGGUCAAGCUCCUGGAAGACACGCCGCAGAUCUUUGGCGAGCAGGUGGCGCGGAAGCAGUUUACGCUGCGAGUGCCGGGCUAUAGCGAAAGCUUGGAGCUGCUGGUGCGCUUGGCGCGAGCGGAAGCAGUGGCGGCGCGCAGUUCCAGCGUGGUGGUAUGCGCGGUGCGCACCGAUGAGGACGACGCGCGGUGCGCAGAGCUCCUGCAUACCCUGGAGGCUGGAAAGACAUCGGUGGUCAAGUUCGGGCCCUGGAAGGCUCCCCCGAAAGUCCAGGAUCUCAUGGACUGCGUGAAGAUGGACAUUGAGGCUCAGGGGUACAAGGUACAUUAUGAUCGCUACGAAGAGAAGGUGAUCUGGGGCAAGGCCAGCACCUGCUUCUUCACCUUCACCUUCACUUGGUGGUGAUCCCCAUGAGGACUGUUAUGGGCUUACUGGGGGCUCACAAAACGCAAAGUUUCCAUCAAAAGCUAUUGGCCUUAAUUUCAAAAAUAAACAUCAAUUUCCAAGACUGGUCUAAAGCCUUACCCCCAAA